AUGACCGCCUUUGUGGUGGAGUCAUGGAUAUGGUACUCGGCGACCAUGUGCAUGGUCAUGGCACGAAUGGUGGCACGACUGUUACAUUUCAAGUCCUUCCUCCGCCUCCAAAUUGAGGACUUUUUGAUGACGUUCCUGGCAUGCCUUUACACGAUCCUGAUCGUCUUUCUCAAUGUUGACCUGAAUGUCUCCACCAAUCUGAUCGAUCCCGCUCAUCCUGUCGAACUGACACCCGAGGAGAUUUCCAAACGAACAUGGGGCGCCAAAACUGUUCUUCUCGUCGAGCAAUGCAUGUGCGCCGUCCAAUGGGGGACGAAAACAUGUCUUCUCCUUCUUUACUGGCGCCUUACUCAGAAUCUGAAGCAAAAUCUCGUGGUCAAAUGUGCAGCGGUAUACGUUGGGGUGACAUAUGUGGUGAUGGAGAUAUUGUAUUUUGCGGUCUGGUGCCGACCAUUUCACGACUAUUGGCAGACUCCGACGGACAAUACGCAAUGUACUACGGCGCUGCACCAUCUCAUCACCAAUCUGGUCUUCAACCUCACGAGUGAUAUCCUGAUUAUGUCCAUCCCCCUCCCCCUGUUCCUGAGGGCGCAUCUGGAGCUCAAGCGGAAGGCCCUCCUGGUUUUCCCAUUCAGUCUGGGAAUGUUCACCAUUCUCUGCGCCAUUCUGAGCAAGCGAUUGAGUUUUACUCAGCCCUACAGUUCCGAGUGGGUGUAUUGGUACUGCCGAGAAGCAAGCACGGCCAUGAUCGUGACCAACAUGCCAUACAGUUGGGCAUUGAUCCGAAGAAUCUUCAAUCUUCGAUCAUUCUUUGGCGAUUCGACCGCCGACCAAAUGCAAGGAGGCCAGCCGACCGUGAUUCACGGGCACAGUGCUGGAGCCUUUGCGCUGGAGGGUCGGCCACGGUCACGACAAGCGAGUCAUGCCGAAGGACGAUGGAACUUCUCCUGGCAGCAGCUGAAACCUCACCAAAAGCACCGUGAUGACGCUAAAGAGCAAACGACACCCCCAACACCGUCAUGGCAGACUAGUGCGACGGACAAAGACAAGGAAAUCAAUGUCGAAACCACACCGGCUUCGGGCAGCAGCAGUAGUGCUGGAUCUGUUCGAAAGCCCCGGGUGGCAUCCAGCGUGGAUUGGACCAUCGAUCGGCUGUACCCCUUGGACGAUGAAGAAGUUGCGGUACCGGAUGUAACACGACGACGGUACGAAGGUUGA